AUGCCUCCCGGCGACGUUUCUUUGCCGGACAGCCUCGUGCCGGGCAACGGGGCUGUCCGCCCCAAACUCAACACUAGUGGAUAUGGCGGUGGUAGCUUUCAAUCGCAAACCCCGACCUCUCCUGCAGAUAGCAACAUUGCUCUUGACUCGCCACGCACAAGGACAGGAGGAUGGAACGGGUCUACCAACAGCCCGGUUGAUGGAGCACAGAACCCAGACGGUCGUAUGAGCCGGCGCUUGGAGUCUGGCCACCCUGGUUCGCGAGAUCCGUCAACCCCAAGAGACCGGAAUGGCUACUGGGACAGAUCUACACCGCGGGAAAGAUCUCGCCCCAACGGCCGACCACCCGCGAAAUCCCCCGGCAGCUCGUCGCGAAUCUGCAAAAAAUGCGGCGAACCGCUCACGGGCCAGUUUGUACGAGCUCUACUUGCAACGUACCAUCUCGAAUGUUUCAAGUGCGAGGAUUGUGGUCAAAUAGUGGCAUCGAAGUUCUUCCCCGUUGAUGCUGAAGAUGGAAACGGGCAAUACCCCCUUUGUGAGACAGACUACUUUCGACGCCUCGAUCUUCUCUGCCACGAAUGCGGCGGAGCAUUGCGUGGGUCGUACAUCACAGCCCUGGAACGCAAGUAUCACAUCGAGCACUUCACCUGUUCUGUUUGUCCCACGGUUUUUGGCGCGCAAGACUCCUACUAUGAGCAUGAGGGUAAAGUCUACUGUCACUUUCACUAUUCGACCCAAUUCGCUCAGCGCUGUCAUGGUUGUCACACGGCAAUCCUGAAACAGUUCGUCGAGAUCUUUCGUAACGGGCAGAAUCAGCAUUGGCACCCCGAGUGUUACAUGAUUCACAAAUUCUGGAAUGUCCGCUUAGCUCCGACCGGCCAACUCUUGGAGCCACCUGAGGCAGAUCUAGACGCCACUGACGAAGAACGUAAUAGAGUACGCGAUGAGGAAGAUGUGAUGGAAGAGAAGGUAUACCGAAUCUGGAGCAUACUGUCCAGUUUCGAAGAAUCAUCUGCUGCGUGCAUCUCGGAUAUGCUGCUUCAUGUCAGCAAUGGCACCUAUGUUGAUGGCGUGUUUGUUGCUAAAAGGUUUAUUGGGCACGUCGAUGUUCUCUUUUCCGCCAUUGACCAACUUGCAACGAACAUUAAAACCCAGGGCAUGAAAGACCUGGCUUAUGGGCGUGAGGCAAAGCUUCUAUGCAAGAAGAUUGUGGCUUUCUUCGCGUUACUCUCGAAGACUCAGGAGGCUGGCGUGCGUAAACUUGGCGUCACCCAGGAACUCCUGUCAUUAGUCACGGGGCUUGCCCAUUACCUCAAGCUGCUUAUUCGUAUCGGUCUCCAAGGAGCUCUCAAACUUGAAAGAGAGAAGCAAACGCCGGAAGGCCUUCACCACUUCCUAGAUCAUUUGGGAGACUUGGAGGCACUCAGGCCUCUUGAGGAAGAGGAAACGACUGCAGAUUUGAUGGUCGGUGUAGACAUCCUCGCCGAUCAGCUGUCUGAUUGUUGUGCAUCUUGCAAGGAACCUAUUGACGAUGAAUGUGUCAUGCUCGGUGAUAGCAGGUGGCACAUUAAACCGCCACAUUUCUCGUGUGCAUCCUGUCAAAAGGACCUAACAAGUACCAUCCAGGACUCGCUGUACAAUCCGAAGGAGAAGCGGGCGUACUGCCACGAUUGCGUCACCAAGAACGGUUUUAACCAGGAAACACAAGGCGGCUUUGUUCAUGUGACCAAACUCCAACAGUUCAUCUUUCUUCUGAGAGUUGCUCUCGCGCGACUCCUCGCCGUCCUACGAGCUGGAGGGACAUUCUCUGACGAUUCCAACGUGGGCCCACAAAGCGGCAGCGACAAUAGUCGAAUCCCACCUGGGGGUGAAAUGCGCAGGUCAGGCACACGGGCCAAAUCUUAUGCGAACGCUCUCAAGGACAGCCCUGAAGGUUCAUCGCUCGAACAAACAGUGGGCGAGAUGCGCCGUUUGCGAUCAAUCCGGAACGAACGCACCUUGUCAACAACCUACAGAAAGGCUCGGGCGUCUCGAAUAAUUGAUGGGCCGGAGGGUCGCAGCGUACGACCGGGGUCAUCAGGGGGCGAAGCUUCGGAUCCACGGGGUCAUGGAUUUCAGAUUGUAGAGGAAAGAGAUGCCAACGGAGAGACGGUCACUGAGCUGACCUUUGGCAACCAGGACGCCUUGACUUUGGAUGAUAUCCCUAGAAUCGUUGCUGCCGAGCAAGCCAAGGAGCAACGGCCCAAUGCUUAUAAGCAUGCCGGCACUAAGCUUGUAGGCACCACCGAGCCUCUUCCAAAGUACAACUUCGGCCAUCAGCGUGGCGUUUCGGGUGCAGGCUUAGAGCAGCACCUGAUCGAGCAGUCAAUGCGGACUAAGAAGUACUUCUCGGAGCUUUCCGCCCUGGAGUACUUCAUUGUCCGGCACGUGGCGGUCUUGUCCAUGGAGCCAUUGUUGGAUGGCAAUUUCACACUGGAAGAGCUUCUCUCUUUAAUUGAGUCGCGCAAGCCCACUAUCUGGAAUAUCUUUGGCCGGGCCUUCAACAAGGAAGCCAAGAAAGGUGGGAAGAAGAAGGGCGUCUUUGGCGUCAGCCUCGACUUCCUCGUUGAGAAGGAAGGUACAGAGUCCAGUCACGGUGUUGGCCCAGGGGCGCUUCGUAUCCCUGCCCUCGUUGACGAUGCCGUAUCCGCAAUGCGUCAAAUGGACAUGUCCGUGGAAGGUGUUUUCCGGAAGAACGGCAACAUUAGGCGCCUAAAGGAACUCACCGAGAUGAUUGAUAACAGAUAUGAGCAGGUUGAUCUUACAAAGGAGAAUCCUGUUCAGAUCGCGGCUCUUCUCAAGAAGUUCCUUCGUGAGAUGCCUGAUCCACUUAUGACAUUCAAGCUGCAUCGCUUAUUCGUGGCAUCUCAGAAGAUCUCUGAUCCAGAGAAGCAAAAGCGACUCUUGCAUCUCACUUGCUGCUUGCUUCCCAAGGCUCAUCGUGAUACCAUGGAAGUCCUGUUUGCGUUCCUAAACUGGACUUCUUCUUUUUCGCACGUCGAUGAGGAGUCUGGUAGCAAGAUGGACAUCCACAACCUGGCAACCGUGAUAACUCCGAAUAUCCUCUAUCCUAACACCAAGGCCAGUACAGUGGACGAGAGCUUCUUGGCAAUCGAGGCUGUCAACUGUCUGAUCACGUACAAUGAUACUAUGUGCGAGAUUCCCGAAGACUUGCAAUCGGUUCUUAGUGAUCCUACUUUCUUCAAGGAGAACAGCGAAGUGACCACGAAAGACAUUCUCAAGCGCUAUGGAGAUAUUGCACGGGGUAGCUUCUCAUCAAGGCCUACCAACGGAGGCGAGACUGUCACAAUCACGAACUCAAAUCGCGGAGCGAACAUUCCUACCUCAGCUCGCAUUGAAACGGACGCCUCUCAAGACGCAGCCUGGCAGGCACAGAGUUCAGUUCGCCACGUUCAGAGCCCUGGAGGACUCGGUCAUUCUGCAAACACUGCUCCUCAGACCAAUUUGGAUCUUGGGCCUGCAUCAGCACAGGACUACCGCGAACGAAGCACGAGUAACAGUAGCCAGCAAAACCCUAUCCAGUCUGAUGGACAAGGCCAGCCGAUACCUUACCGAGCUCGUCCAGGCGCUGGCCCUAUGGGUGCUGGCCCUAUGGGCGUUGCUGGCUAA